AUGGAACUGCAAGAUCUAUUGGCAAAAGUUCCGUUGUUGCUAUCGUAUCCGACUAUAAUUCUGUCCAGUAAAUUGAUUGUACCUUCUCAAAAUGAUCUCAUAUCAAGGACAGGUAUUAGAUCAGUAGAGCACGCUGAACAAGGGCUAGCAUUUUUUAGUAUAGAUCAUAGUAUAAGACUGAUAUUUCUUCCAAUGUUCAUUGCUUCUUCCUUUAAUCUGUUUGCAUACUAUUUUAACUUUGUCAACUACUCCAGCCAAAGAAAGUAUUAUGUUUUAUUUGCUGCAUUUUUUCUAAUAUCAAUAUUAAAUGCGAUUUUCCAUCCAAUUCAGUCAACAUGUAUCACUUUAUUGAUUAUUAAACUAUUAACUACUGCCGGUGAGCUCUCAUCUAAAAUUUCUCUCAAUUUCAAGACCAUUUUGAAAACGUUCAUGCCUUUUAUUAUUAUGACACUUGUUAUAUUGCGCAGUGAUUCUUCGUCGGACGCUAGUGCCAGCGAUAUGAAUAAAUUAAUUAUUCAUUUAGUUACUUAUGCUCUUCUAGUGUUUAUACUAAGGUAUGCGUCACCGCUGCUAUUAUCGACCUUACCAAGUAGCAUGGAUUUCGUGUCUAAAGACGGCAGCAUCACACAGGAUGUGAUAAGUAGAAACAAGAGAUUUCCACUAAUGAUAAUAUUACCAUUUGUUUCUUUUAUUCUGUUGUACUUAAUGACUAUCAUAAACAAUACUUACAAUAUUCAGUUAUUGAUGGUGUUUGUGUUUUACGGAUGUUUGACUAUCUUCUCUCUAUCGUUAAAGGAUGUGUUCACAGAGAAUAUAAACCAAGAAAAGAGAACCGAAGAGAAUGAGCAUUGCCACAAGUUCGAAAUAAACUACAUGAUUUCCCAUUUUUGGUUGACAAAAUUUACUGUGUUAUCAACGGGUGUGAUGGCUAUUGUGGUGCAUUUUUUAUCCUUUAAUGAGAUCACUUCUUCCAUUAAAACUGACUUGCUCAGUUUGCUUUUCGUCAUAGUGGCAGAUUAUGUUUCCAAUUCAUUAAACAUACAUCCUGAUUCGCAUUCCCAUGAUCAUGCACAUCAUUCUCACUCCAGCGAUUCGUUGUCUCUUGAAAAUGAAAGUAUAUUCAGGCAAAUGGCUUUGAACAAGGAUACCAGAUCCAUCUUUUCUUUCCUAUUAUUGAAUACUGCUUUCAUGUUUGUACAACUUUUAUAUUCUUUCCGUUCCAAGUCACUGGGCUUAUUAUCUGAUUCGUUACAUAUGGCCUUAGACUGCACAUCUUUACUAUUAGGUUUGAUUGCCGGUAUACUGACCAAGAAACCAGCAAGUGAUAAAUUUCCUUUCGGUUUAAACUACCUCGGCACUUUGGCAGGUUUCACUAAUGGUGUUCUGUUACUGGGUAUAGUAUGCGGUAUCUUUGUAGAGGCAGUUGAAAGAAUUUUCAACCCCAUUCACCUGCAUGCGACAAAUGAAUUGUUGGUUGUUGCUACAUUAGGGUUGUUGGUUAACCUUGUUGGUUUGUUUGCUUUUGAUCAUGGUGCUCAUGACCAUGGCGGUACGGAUAACGAGAAUAUGAAGGGUAUUUUUUUACAUAUAUUAGCGGAUACAUUAGGUUCUGUUGGCGUUGUUAUUUCGACAUUGUUAAUCAAAUUAACACAUUGGCCCAUCUUUGAUCCAAUCGCCUCUUUAAUGAUUGGUUCCUUGAUCUUGCUUAGCGCCCUACCCUUGUUGAAAUCUACUUCUGCAAACAUUUUACUAAGAUUGGAUGACAAGAAGCAUAACUUAGUAAAGAGUGCACUAAACCAAAUUUCAACGACUCCGGGAAUCACCGGUUACACAACUCCUCGGUUUUGGCCUACUGAGUCAAGCAGUUCUGCGCAUUCUCAUUCUCAUGGUCACUCGCAUUCUCAUUUAGAGGAUCACAGCCAUGAGUUUCAUCAUGAUAAGCCAUGCGAUUCACAAAAGAAUCCAACAUUGGUAGGGUAUAUUCAUGUACAGUAUGUAGACGGCGAGAAUUCCACAAUCAUCAAGAAAAGAGUUGAAAAAAUAUUUGAAAAUGUGAGGAUCGAAGCAUGGGUUCAAGUUGAGCCUAAAAAUUCUACCUGUUGGUGUCGUGGUACUUCGAUGAAUACGAUAUUAACCAACCCUAAUUCUCUACCCCUACAACCCAUAGCGAAUUGA